UUGUAACUAGUGAAAUACGAAAAUCCCCCAGAAACGUCAACAAGGGCUGUCAAUAAAAAUGUCAAGUGUUCCAAUGUCAGUGCAACGGUCGCCAGAGAACAUGUCAAGAUUACUCAAACUCGCUCAGAAAUUUAAUUGUUUCUACUUGUCAGGUCUGUCGUCGGGCGACUGUCGGCCCUUCGUCGUCGAGGGCUUCCAAGUGGGGCUCGUCCGGCCGGACGUCAUGAAACAGCUCCUAAAGUUCCCUGAAGUUUUUCGCAUAACCUCCGGCUGCGUGGAGCUGAACCCCGCCUUCCGCGACUACGAGGAGCGCAGCACCCAGGUGGACCGGGUUUUGCGCGAAUUGCGCGCCGGCAGCGUCUUCAUCGCGUUGAAGGGGUGGCGCGACGAGUGCUACGAGGUCAAGACCGACUUCACCUCAAAGAGUCUCCUCAAAAUGGACCGCUCGGCGACGUGUCUCUUCGGCAUUCGCAACUACGGGGUGGACAUCAACGGAUACGUGCGCCACCCCAAACUGGGGCUGUGUCUGUGGCUGCAAAAGCGCUCCGCCACCAAACAAACCUGGCCAGGUAAAUGGGACAAUAUGGUGGGCGGGGGGCUAUCAGUGGGUCACGGGAUUUUUGAAACUGCUUACAAGGAAGCCAUGGAGGAGGCGUCCAUUCCGCCAGAAUUGAUGAAGAAUUUAGUCAGCGCGGGAUGUGUCUCGUUUUUUUUCGAAUCUGAAAGGGGCUUAUUCCCUAAUACAGAGUUUGUUUUCGAUUUGGAACUUCCAUUAGAUUUUAUUCCAGAAAAUGCGGAUGGGGAAGUUGAAACUUUUGAAUUGCUUCCAGCUGAACAGUGUCUUGAGAAAUUGUUCAGUUCUGAUUUUAAGACAACGAGUGUUCCAGUGGCUCUAGAUUUUUUAAUCAGGCAUGGGAUGAUUACGUCAGAGAACGAAAAAGAGUUUAUUAAAAUUGUGGAACUACUCCACGUGCCCCUCCAAUCAAUAUACAAUCACAAUCAAAUGGUUAGCAACAACUCAAUAAAGGAAAAUGGGACAGCACGAAUAAAUAACAUAUAAUUGCUUUAGUUUAUUGGUCUAGGGUUUUUCUAGUAGACUAGAAAAGAAGUGAGCCUUAAAUAAUUUCCUAAUUUAUUUUAUACCAGUCGCAAUUUUUCACAACAAAUAGUAGAGAGCUUUUGUAAUUAUUGUAUAUUUUGUCUAUUAAUUUAUUUACAAUUUUAUACAAUGUAGGAAUUUAGAUGUAAUACUGAAACAAAUUUAUUUAUUACUAUACAUACUGAGGAAUCAUCACAGUUCUCAUAUUGUGUGAUUUUUACGUACUACUUGUGAUAAUACAAUUAAUUCUCGUUUUUUGAAUGUACUUACGUGUACUCAACGAAAUGUAUUUAUUAUACAACAUACGAGUAUAUACAAUAAAAACUUAAA